AUGGUCGUCGCUGCCUGCAAGUCGUGCGAGCUGAAGUACGGACAGGUCGAUCCAGCAAGGCACCUGCUCGAGUUCCUGGAGCUGUUCAGCGAGAUUGAUUUCUUCUCGCAAGGUCUGUCCAUCGAGCCGUUCGAAGUCUUCAGUUUGGCGGAUCGCCGCGAUGUAAUGGAACGAUUUGGGCUUGGUCCCAACAAUCACUCUGUCAAACAAGGCCAUAUGAUGUUCCCAGAUCCUGCAGAUCCUGUGAACAAUCUUGGCAGAGUGACGCAACGCAUUCGCGACGUACAAGAGACCAUAAUUUUGUGGAAGAAGUCGCUUCAGAACCGGAUGCUCGUCUGGGAUGCUCGUAGUGAUGAGCCGGCGGCGAAUGCCAAGGCCACGGUGAGCAGCGGUCAAGGGCCUUUCGAAGAGACUUCUUUGCUUGGAUCACUGCUUGAGGCAGACUGGCGGCAGAUCUUCAAAUUCCCCCAGAUGGACUUCGAGAUGGCAGUGUGGGAGAUGACGCACCUCCUCAUCAGCCCAAAGAAGGUCUUCAAGUCAAUAUACUACCACAAACAAACGCGGAAUACAUGGCACCGACCCGACCCAUCCUUCACAUAUCUCCUGUCCUUCUUCCUCCUCCUGACCUCAUUCGCCUGGUCCCUCGCCUACACACCCGCCUUCUCCUCCGUGGUCAAACUCGCCCUCAUGUUCGUCUUCGUCCACUUCCUCGCCGGCUCCCUCGUCGUCUCCGCAAUAUCAUACUUCCUGGUCGGGCGCCUCCUCGGCCCCGGCGUGGCAGGCUUGCCAGGGCGACGACGACAGCAGGGCCUAUUCCCUCAGACCGGAGGCGGCAAGAGCGCGGAAGCACUGGAGUUCGGCUACUGCUUCGACGUGUCGAUACGGGCAUUCUUCCCGCCGUAUGUGCUGCUCUAUAUUGUGCAGUAUAUUCUGAUGCCGGCUAUCAAUCACCCAAAUCGAUUAAGUGUGUUUGUGGCGAAUGCGCUGUACCUGGCGGCGGGCAUUUACUGGAGUUUGAUAUUGUUCUUGGGGUAUAAUGCGUUGCAUUUUCUGCAUCAUACGCAGCUGUUGCUGAGUCCUAUGCUGGUCUGGAUCAUCAUAUGGCUCGUGUGUACGAUAUUGGGCAUCAACUUGGAAUUCUGGGGCAUACGGUGGCUGUUCCUUGGUGUCAAGGGCUGA